AUGACUUACGUCGCCGCAUUACGCGAUGACGUGGGCCGCGAGACAGACGCGUACCAGAACACUCAGACAGCGACGGAUCGUGGCGAGCCACAGAAAGACGACGUUGCGGUGGACCGCCUGCAGCAGUCACAGGACGCCCUCUCUUCGGUUCCGCUUGCGGCCCCUUCAGAUAACGCACUUGGAGACGUCGAUCAUACGACGGCGCAUGAUUCCGACGUCCCCCACGAACAACUGGAGACCAUGCUGACCUCUGAUUCCGAGGCCCGGCAACGUAAACAGCGAUCACCAAAACGCCGGAAGAAGCGUCGCCUCACGGUGGAGAACGACCUCUCUGAUCUAGCAGACAAUUCUGAGAAGUUUACGGGUACAGAACAGACGACCAUGGAUACAGAAGAACUGCCUAGCGUGGAUGCAACGGUGGCCAGCGGGACGGUGGCACGACCUACCGCUGACGAUGCUCCAGACACAGCGAAGGCGCUCGAUCGACGGCAACAGGCUACUGAGGAGGCUACGGCGCCUGCACCGCACGACAACGAUGGGACACUAGGGGACUGGUCAGAAGACCCACCCCCGUGGGGAACUGAUGAUGCUCUAGGAACUGCUCCCAUGCACUCUCCCGGUAUCGUCCUUAGCGCCAUCCUGGCCGUCGCCGUGGCUAAGCCCGGCUACCUGGGCGCCGCCCCCGCCGCAGUCGUCGCCCCCGCGGCCUACGACGCCCCCGCUGUGGUGGCCGCCCCCGUGCACGCCGGCUACGCCGCCUACGGCCCCGCCCCCGUCGCCGUGCGCUCCGACGGCUACCUGCUGGACACCCCUGACGUCGCCGUCACCAAAGCCGCCCACCUGACCGCCGUCGCCCAGACUCAGGCCCGUGACGCCGUCGUCAACGGCGCCGCCGCCCUGGCUGCCCACGCCGCCCACGCCUACGCCGCCCACGCUUACGCCGCCCCCGCUGUAGCGUACGCAGCUCCCGCGCCCGUGGCUUACGCCGCCCCCGCUGCCUACGCCGCCCCCGCUGCCUACGCCGCCCCCGCUGCCUACGCCGCCCCUGGCGCUCUCGCCGCUGCUGCCCACCUCCACGCUAAGGCUGCUCUGCUGGGCUGA